AUGCCUACGACGUCCGUGCCCGUCUCGAGCCUCGUCGACGGCCUACCGCGCAAAACUACCCGCCUCAUUCUCAUGGUCGGCGACUCGAUCACGCAGUACGCAGUCAGUCCAGAACAAAAAGGCUUUCAAGCGCAGCUCGCAAACGACUACAGUCGACUCGCCGACGUCAUCAACCGCGGCAUGUCGGGGUGGACCUCCAG